AUGACUAACCAACGCCUAAAUAGCCCAUCUCGUCGGCAGCGCAGAUACACACUUUCACGUUUGCUUGAACUAGCACCUCAAGCCAGGCCUGCUCAUUUUGAUCUGUCCAAAUUCACGUACGACGCAGCUCGGGCCGGGGUCGUCCCUCCAUUGGGUGCCUGCGUCAUGUCCAGUCGACGUGGUUCGAGUGACCGGCCUCGCGGCUGGUCGCAGGAGUCUAGCAGCUCCCAAGAAGAAGUCAUCCUCUAUCGAGGCAACCGCAUUGUCGAGGCACCUGAGCGACAGCCAACAGUUCCGCCCUCUGAACGCCGUGCCCAGCAAGAUGAAGGCUUCGCUCGAUUUCUCAAGAAACACUCUUCUCCUACCCACCAACGCGUCACUGCUGGUGGUCGAAUCGUACCAAUGGAACAGCGUACACGGCCCCCUGUCUUUACCUUGCCGCAAUCCAGCCAAAGCACAGAAGCAGACCGCAGAAACACACGCGACGAAGUCAACGGGGUCACGAAGCCGAGUGCGUCUGGCCAGAGCGAGGCAAAAGAAGCGGACACGGACAACAACAUCCCUUCACCCCAGCCACAGUCCAUCCCCUAUGUGCCUGGCACCGGUGGGGUUACGGAUGCAUGUGGAACAGCCACCACCGCCAACUUCAAUCUGCUGACGCCAAACAAUGUUUUUGCUUACGACGGUGCUCACCAGGCAAAUUAUCUGCAAGCGGUGACAUCAGCAUCGUACUUUACACCGGUUCCAGGAGAUGCGUACUUCUUGCAGAGCCCUCAAAUGUACUCGGCGGGUGGCGCAAUGCCCUUGGCUAGCUUCAACAACACAUUCGGUCUCACCUUCCCAGCGCCUUAUGUGCCCAAUCCACAGGUACUGAGCAUCCCACCAUCGUGUGGCAUCAUCACCACUCCUAUCGAUUCUCAAGCCCGAGAGGAUGCAUAUAGUCGACAUAUGCUUUCUGAAUGUACUGCACAAUUUGAGGAGUUUGAUCGGCAACUCAAAGCCAUCGACCGUCAUCGCGCCAUGACAGAUCCUGAUCCAUACGUCGCGGAUCAGCGCAUUACAAUUGUCCAGUUGCGAUCGGAAGCCAAGUCACAAAUGACUUAUUGGUCAGAGCAGCUAGGCGUCGAUCCCAAGAGCCUUGCAAAAAAUGUCACAUAUCAGCCGAACAGCACUCUCAAUGUGGAAGCCGCUACAUACAUUCCAUUGACUACCCAUCCCUCGCCUGAGAGAUAUCCUAACGGCACUGGGAGUGGACCAAUUCCCCAAAUGAUGCAAUUUGAGGCUGAGAGACCCAAGUUUGACGUGAGGAGCACGCGUCGUCCGAUUCCAAUUGUGCCACCUCCAGAGGAUUCGCCAAAUUCGAAGGAGGAUGCCAAUGGUAGAAUCGGGUCAAAGAUUGAGUCAAACGAGGUCGAGGUUGAGGUCGAUGAAUGGGGCCUCCGUAUCGGUCCACCGCCGCCAGAAAUCCAACGACAGCAGAGUCAAAUGUUGGAAAGAUUGGUCCGUGAAGCCAGCAUCUCUCCAUUGGGCUCCAGCGAGAAUGCGCUUGUUGUCACUCCUGGACCAAGCUCCCAAUCAAUCAGUCCUCAUGAGAAUUCUGUUAAAAUGCAAGAGGCCCAACAGAUGACUGACAUUUGCUCGGAUAGUGAGGAGUGGUUGCCGACUAAACCAGGUCGUGCUCCGCCGACUGUGGAAGCCUGCUAUGAGGUCCAGCUCGACGCCAUGCGACUCCCUCUCGGAGUAAUCAGCAAGGUACGAAUGCCCGAUGGCACUAUUACCGAGAUUCGGGGUCGUGGCUUGCAGCGUCCACCAUCAUUUGAGAUGGAUGAGUUUGAAAAGCGCUAUUGGACAAAGAAGCCCACCGUGACCAGAGAGAUGUGGGAUAAUUUUGUGGAGGUGCGAGCUUCGGGAGAAGCCUCCAGCCUCGUCGACAUACUUGAAUUCAAAGCUCUUGGUCUGGAAAGCCAUGAAAACAAGCUGAAAGAAAAUCCCAGAGAAGGGUUGCUGGGCCACAGCCCGGCAGCGUCAAAUGGAAACCGCAGCGAUUAUAAGACCAUGGCAAGGGAUACAGCCUAUACCCAGAACUUACUUCCUGGAUUUGUUCGCAGAGGCUACAGAUCGACAGUGGAGCCAUCAACUAGUUCUGACCCAAGUUUGUCCGUUCUGAAGCAGUCGUCGGCGUCAUCCCCAUCGAUUUGGUUGCGAGGGGAAGACAGAAGCGGAUGGAUCUCGAACGAGCACUUGAGGAACGGCCGAGUCACUGGAUCUGAGGCUCUGAACAACAAAGGCUUCUCGUCGAUUUCUAUCCAGAACGUUCAUGCCAUGGGGCGUCUCCCGCACUUGUUGGAUGGCACCAGUGACGGUCAGAGACUCUCGGCCAAGUCGAUGCUCUCCGCGGCCAGCAAAGCUGCCCCUCCCUACCUGAUGCCAACUGCAGUUCCACCUCCCGAGGCUUUCUAUGAGUCGUACCUUCGAGAGGCUCGUGCCAUCAAUGUGGGGCACGAAGAUACUUUUCUGGCCCGGGUUCCCAGAAAAGAGGCGAUGUAA